UCCGCCGCGGGCUUUUUAGGGAAGGGAAGGGAAGGAGGAAGAGGAGGAGGAGGAGGGAUUUCUCGCCGGAGGGGUUAUUGAUGGUAGUCGCCGGAAGUGAAAUAGGGAUUGUUGUUGCCAUCCAGGGGGCAGGAAUAGGGGAAAAUGCAAGGCUAUGCAUGGGAGAGAAGGUGAGGAGAGGAGGGGAAGGCGGAGUUGCAAUUGGCACAUGCGGACGGUCCCCACGCGUGUAGGCGUUGCUGUUGCACCCGAUGCUGAUGGUUCUUCUUCUUCUUCCGCCUCUUCGUCGCCUAAUUUCUUUCACAAGGACGGACGCAAGAUCAGUGUUGGUGAUUGUGCCCUGUUUAAGCCACCCCAAGAUUCUCCACCUUUUAUCGGUAUAAUUCGUUCAUUAACUUCAAGUAAAGACAACGAGUUGAAGUUGGGUGUAAAUUGGCUCUAUCGGCCUGCUGAAGUUAAGCUUAGCAGAGGCAUCCUGCUAGAAGCUGCCCCAAACGAAAUCUUUUAUUCCUUUCAUAGGGAUGAGACUCUUGCAGCAUCUUUACUCCAUCCGUGUAAAGUUGCAUUUCUUCCAAAAGGUGUUGAACUUCCAUCGGGGAUCUGUUCUUUUGUUUGUCGACGAGUUUAUGACAUUUCCAACAGUUGUCUUUGGUGGCUAACUGACCAAGACUAUAUUAAUGAACAUCAAGAAGAAGUAGAUCAGCUAUUAUAUAAGACUCGAAUAGAAAUGCAUGCAACAGUGCAACCAAAUGGUCGUUCUCCAAAACAAAUGAAUGGUCCGACAUCAGCUUCACAACUAAAAUCUGGUUCAGAUUGUGUACAGAAUAGUGCUUCGUCCUUUGCUUCUCAAAGUAAGGGAAAGAAAAGAGAGCGUGGAGAUCAGGGCUCUGAGCCCAUUAAACGUGAACGAUCUAUCAAAAUGGAGGAUGGGGAUUCUGGUUACUCUAGAUCAGAAAGCUUUUUGAGAAAUGAAAUUGCCAAAAUAACAGAUAAAGGAGGCCUUGUGAAUUUGGAAGGGGUUGAGAAACUGGUGCAACUCAUGCUGCCAGACAGGAGUGAGAAGAAAGUGGAUUUAGCUGGCCGCUCGAUGCUGACAGGUGUGAUUGCAGGCACUGAUAAAGUAGAUAAAAGAGAUUGCCUCAGCCAGUUUGUUCAACUGAAGGGUCUGUCUGUGUUGGAUGAGUGGCUGCAGGAGGUUCAUAAGGGGAAAGUUGGUGAUGGCUGUAGCCUUAAAGAUAAUGAUAAGUCAGUGGAUGAAUUUAUUUUGGUAUUACUUCGGGCGCUGGAUAAAUUACCUGUUAACCUUCAUGCCUUACAGAUGUGUAAUAUAGGCAAGUCGGUGAACAAUUUGCGUUCUCACAAGAACUCAGAAAUUCAAAAGAAGGCAAGAAGUCUGGUUGACACCUGGAAGAAAGGUGUUGAGGCCGAAAUGAACAUCAACGAGGUUGGUCAUGGUGGGAACAGAAACGUAGGUGGCUCGUCUGAGGCUGCUACAAGGAGCUCUGUUAGUCUUCCUGCAUCUAGAAGUCCUUCGGUAAAGCUUAUUCAGGGGGAGAGUGCCUCUAAAUCUGCUGUAUCUCCUGGGUCAUUAAAAUCAGCUCCUUCACAUGCAUCAAUUGGUGGCAACUUGAAAGAUGGACAAGCCCGUAGUGCUGUGGUUAGCAGUGUUUCCGAUCUUCCUAUGACAACAUCGAGAGACGAGAAGAGCAGCAGUUCUAGUCAGUCUCACAACAACAGCCAGUCUUGCUCAAGCGACCAUGCAAAGACUGGGGGUCCUCCAGGAAAGGAAGAUGCUAGGAGCUCCACGGCUGGUUCUGGCAGGGUCUCUAGUGGUCCUUCACGCCAUAAGAAGUUGGUUAAUUGCCUCCCUGGAUCGAGUGCAUCUGGAAGGGAAAUGGGUUCUAGCAGAACUUCCUUGCAUAGAAAUGUGGCUCCAGAAAAAGUGUCUCAGUCUGGAUUGACUAGUGAAAGGGCAGUUGAUGUGCCUUUUGAGGUGAAUAGUCACAAAUUGAUUGUUAAGAUUCCAAACAGAGGCCGUAGUCCUGCUCAAAAUGCCAGUGGUGGAUCCUUCGAUGAUCCAUCUGUCAUGAUCAGCAGAGCAUCCUCUCCAAUGCGCCCGGAAAGGCCUGAUCAACUUGAUCCUGCUCUGAAGGAGAAGACUGAUGCAUGCCAAGCUAAUGUUUCGUCUGAUGUGAAUGCUGAAUCAUGGCAGAAUAAUGAUUUGAAAGAUUUGGUGACUGCUUGUGAUGAGGGUGAUGGGUCCCCAGGAACUGCUCCUCAGGAUGACUGUCUCAAGACUGGUGAAAACACUAAGAAGGCAUUGGAAACAUCAAAAACUGCUAUGUCAUCAUCAGGGAGUGAAUUCAAAUUGGGGAGAUUGCCUGAGGCAUCUCCUAGCUCCAUGAAGGCUUUGGUGGAAAGUUGUGUCAAAGUCUUUGAACCUAGCGCUUCUGAUUCUGUUGAAGAUGAUGUUGGAAUGAACUUGCUUGCUAGUGUGGCAGCUGGAGAGAUGUUAAUGUCCGAAAUGGUAUCUCCUGUUGACUCUCCACAGCGAAACCCCUCUGCAGUCGGGCAGUCAUGCGCAGGCAAUGAUUCCAAAAUGAACUCAUCACCUCGGAACCAUUGUCAAUCCAGCGGUGCUGCCAAUGAUUGUGUGCAGAAGGAUAUGGUUAAUGAUGGCGCACUACUGACCAGGAAAGCAGACAAUAAGGUCUCUCCAUUACCAUCCGAAGAUGUACUUUCGGAAGAGCAGAAGAGAAACCCGAAUUCAUCCUCUACCGAAAUGCUACAGGCUGCAGAACCAUGUCCAGAAAGCAACAAAAACGUAAACGACUUACCAUUGGUCACUUCAGCGGCUAGAUCCCCUGCAGUCAAACUUUAUAUGACUGUUGACAGUGGAAAUGAUGACGAGUCUAAUACAGCAAUUGACAGGGAAAAUCAGGAUGCUGUUCCUGAUUCUAAAACGAAAGCCAUUGUCUCUUUGUCAUCUGGGAACAAAAAACCUGAUGCUGUUUCUAGCGUUGAAGUAGCAUCAGUAGCUGCCGAGUUGGGAUCUUUCUCCAGCCAAAAGGAUGGAAGACAAACAAAUGAAGAUUCAAAAGAUGGCAUGCAGGUGGACGAGAGGCCUACUGACACAGUGGUCUCUGAAGAUAUGAAGCCAAAAGAACAGGUAACGAAAAAUGUUGAUGCUGUGAAGGCUGAAAGGACUGAUGGGACAGAUGUUGGAAAUCGAGAUACCCACAUGGAGCUGCGAUCCGUUAGUCAGGAGGUUUCGGUAGCCACUUCUGGUGCAGGCUUUGCUAAUUACAAGGGUGGGGGCAUGGAGGAGAAUAAGGAAAGUAGAGCAGAUUGUGAGCGGAACUUGUCUUCAUCUAAAGGGCUGUCUGACCUUCCUGUGCAAGUAAAAGACAUGAGUGCAAAGUCUAGGCUGAGCAAGUUGACAGGCAGUGGAGCAGAUGAGAUCAAGGAAUUUGCUUCAUCGGAGGUUUCUUCUCUGGCUGUCACUGAGGGUGGUGCUGAUAAGGAUGCAAAAGUCAGGUUUGAUUUGAAUGAAGGACUCAAUACGGAUGACGUGAAAUAUGGUGAGCCAGCAAACUUGGCUGCACAUGCAAGCGCAGCUGUUGUUCCUUUAGCUAAUCGGUUGCCUUUUGCUACCUCUUCCGUGUCGACCAGUCUUAGUGCACCAAUUCCAGUCGCUGCUGCUGCAAAGGGCCCCUUUGUUCCUCCUGAUGAUCUGUUGAGGACUAAAGUGGAACUUGGAUGGAAGGGCUCUGCAGCCACGAGUGCAUUUAGGCCAGCUGAACCCAGGAAACUUCUGGAGAUGCCCCUGCUCGCAACAAAUCCCCCUCCUAAUCCUGAUACUGCUUCUGCCAAACCCAGUCGCCCUCCAUUGGAUAUUGACUUGAAUGUCCCUGAUGAAGGGAUUGUUGAAGAUGCAGUUUCUAGAAAUUCCAUUCUGGAGAGUACUUCUCUUCCAAGUUUUAAAAGUAAUCGCGAGAUCGGACGUGAUGAGAUGAGUAGUUCUGCCCCAACCCGUGGCUCUGGAGGUCUUGGUCUUGAUUUAAAUCAGAUUGAUGAAGCUACUGACUCAUGGAGCUACUCGACGAGCAGUAAAUGCAGACUAGAUGUCAACUUUUCAUUGGCCAAAUCAUCAGCUGGUAGUCUUCCCAAUGGAACAGACACAGGUGCCCACAGAGACUUCGAUUUGAAUGAUGGACCUGCUGUUGAUGACUUGAGUGCUGAACCAUCGAUACCUAAUCAGCAUACAAGAAGCAGUGUGCCAUCUCAGCAACCUGUUUCGGGCCUGAAGAUGAACAAUUUGGAGGUAGGGAAUUUCUCGAGUUGGUUUCAUCCUGGGAGCACAUACUCAGCUGUCACUAUUCCAUCAAUGUUGUCAAGAGGGGAGCAAUCUCUACCUGUUGUUGCAACUGGAGGACAACCUAGGAUGCUGGGGCCUUCUACUGGUGGAAUUCCAUUUAAUACUGAAAUCUACCGUACGCCAGUGUUGUCUUCUUCUCCUGCCGUGGCCUUUCCACCCCCUCCAUUUCAGUACCCUGUCUUCUCUCCUUAUGCUGCGAGCUUUCCUUUGCAGUCGGCAACCUUUUCAAAUAGUUCAACGACGUAUGUUGAUCCAUCAUCAGGUGGCAGGCUUUGCUUUCCACCUGUCCAUUCGCAGCUACUAGGUCUGCCUGGUGCAGUAUCCACCAAUAUUUCCAGACCUUUUAUUGUUAGCCUUCCAGAUGGUGGUAAUAGUUACGAGAACAAUAAAAAAUGGACCAGGCAAGUGUUGGACCUUAAUACUGGGCCUGGAGGGCCCGACUUGGAAGGUAGAGAUGAGACGUCGUCGCUUGCACCCAGACAACUCUCCGUAGUGAGUUCACAAGCGUUAGCAGAGGACCAAGCAAGGAUGUACCAAGUUUCAAGCGGCGUUCUGAAAAGGAAAGAGCCUGACGGAGGGUGGGACAAUUACAAGCAGUCCUCUUGGCAGUAGGAAUGCACAAUAGUACAGUUUGGUGACCUGUAGAUGCUUUUUUUUGAGGGUGGGCAUUGGCCACCUUCCGGAGGUCGUCAUCUAACCUGGGAUCCUCAUUGAUGGGUGGUGCAAUUUACGUUGUUCAUGGUCUCCAAACCCCCGCUUCUUUGCUGUAUCCACUCUAAAGGAAGAGACAGUGUCCGAGAUCUGAAGACCAUUGGCUGAAUAUGCUCUCUGGGUGGCUGCGGAUCCAUUCCCCCGAUGUAGAUAUUUUGACUGACGGAAAGCAUGUCAUUUGCGUCAUCGAAAAAGUUGGAGAAUUGGUUCGGUACUGGUGUUGGGUGAAUCAACUCUGCGAAAAAAAAAAAUGGACCCCAAAGAUCAUCCAUGCUUAUCCGGCUUCUGAUAAUGGCAAAAUUGGUUUUGAGCUGCUUUAUACAGAAGCUUUUGUAUUGUGGUUUAAUUUAUCCUUUUUAAACUCUCUUCAGUCGCAUAUAUGAUCAAAAUUUCACCUUAUUGGGGUAUUGUGAGCUUGUCUUAAUCUGAUGUGGGUUAGUUACUGCA